UUUCUUUUUAAAAAAUUCAUGUUAAAGCACUGGAACAUUGCUUGCAUUUCACUUUUUGUGUUUAUUCCCUUAAUGAAGCCUCGAGUUUUCUUUUUGGCCAAAACACACAUAAACUUUGUUGCUGAGUUAGGUGAAAGUUUGGAUGUCUUUUUCUGGGAACGUCUCUGCUUAAAAGUUACUUAUUGUCAAUCUUGUUGAAUCACUCCUAACUUCUUGCUAACUAUCAAUUGAUUUUAAUUUUCUUUUCGUGUGGUUAUGAUGAGUUUUAGAUAAUAACUGAUGAAGAGAUGUUUAAAACUCCAAAUAGUGACCAGAGCAUUACACAGGUGACAUUUUUUGAAAGAAUGAAGCAGAUUGUUGGUGCAAUCCUUGGAGAGGUUUCCUAUAAGUUUCAAACCGUUGCUUUGUGAUUUAGGUAAGUCUUAGUGCUCUGGGAGAACCAUAUUGUUAACAUUUCAAGAAAGAAGAGAGAAAAAUGGGCUGUGUUUCUUCUUGCUUUCAAGUUGAAGACUAUGAGGAGGAUCACACUAAUCCAAGUAGUUCUGUAAAUAGAAACUGUCCAUGCCCGAGAUGUCUUGUUAAUAACUUACUUAACCUGUACAUCUCUUUGUUUAGAAGAGGCGAAACCCCACGCUCUCUCCCAUCCUCUUUACAAGCUACUACUGUAUCCAUAACUUCCUAUGAUAACUUUAUAUCCUCUACUCCAUGGCCUCUGCCUUAUGAUUCUGAUCCAGGAUACUUUCAUUCACGGCGUGAUUCUCUUGUCUCAAGACGUGAUAAGGGUUCUAGUCAUUCACAUGAGGAAGCUGAGCCCUUGAGAAGUGAUGCUGAUGAUGAGGAUUCUGAGUCUUUCCUAGUGGAAAGAAGCAGAUGGGCUAAUAAGCUUACUAUCUCCGGUGAAGAUUCCAGAGAAGACUUCUCUAAAUCCACUAGGAGAAUUCUUAAGUCAAAGACAAUUAUGGAAGCGGGUAGUAACCAAGGCGUGUAUGAUGAUGAUGAAGACGUUUGUCCAACGUGUCUUGAAGGUAUUCAUUUUCAUUUUGAAUCAAUGCAUUUGAAGGAAGCUUUAGUAUCCCAUAUUUUUUUUGCUCGCUUUUUGAAGAAUACACAUCAGAGAACCCGAAGAUUGUUACAAAGUGUUGUCACCAUUACCACCUCAGCUGCAUUUAUGAAUGGAUGGAGAGAAGCCAAGACUGUCCUGUUUGUGGAAAGGUGAUGGAGUUCAACGAAUCACCGUGACUUAUAAUUAUGGAGUUAUGAAGAAACCCUCGCAACAACAGAAAACACACACAAUAAUCUGAUGUUUUUCACAGUGUGCCUCUGGUGCAGUGUUGUGUCCAAGGCAUUAAACUUUUUUACAUUAUCUUGUAACAGUGUGAUGUUUAUAAAUUUGGCAUAGAGGUUUACGUUGGCUCAAGGAGAGAUCACCAUUAUAUAUGUAUCUCAAUGCACUGGUGCAGCACUUUGAUUAUAAGUUAUCAGGUUUAAUCAA